AUGGUGGACGAAAGAAGCGUGCUGCUUUGUCGAGACUUUUCUUCGAAAAUCUAUAGCUUUUUCUCUCGUUACUCAAAAGUUCCACUAUGGCAGAGUACGUUCAGCAAAAUCUCGAGGGUAUGUUGCCAGAACUUGAGGAAAUGGAGCGAAUGGGAGUGUUUUCAAGUGAUGAAAUCAGGACCAUUGUACGUAAGAGACGAGACUAUGAAUACCGUCUGCAAAAAAGAAUCGUUCAGAAGUCAGACUUCUUAAGAUAUAUGCAGUAUGAAAUUAACCUGGAUAUGUUGAAGAAAAAGAGGAAGUCGAGACUUGGCAUAAAAAGGAAUUUACAAGCAGAAUAUGCAACAAUGAAAAAAAUUCACAAUCUGUUUCAGAAUGCCUUAAAGAAGUUUGUGGGAGACAUCAAGCUCUGGAUCCAGUACAUUGAAUUUUGCAAACACAUGGGAAGUUUAAAAAUUCUUGGAAAAGUGUUUGCAAAACUCUUGCAAUAUCAUCCAGACAAGCCAAGUCUGUGGAUAAUGGCAGCAAAGUGGGAGUUUGAAGAAAACAAGAACAUUCCUAACAGCAGAUCUUUAUUACAAAGAGGUUUGAGGGUAAACUCUUCUUCUCAGCAACUAUGGCUGGAGUAUUUCAGAAUGGAACUUCUUCAUGUGGAAAAAAUUCAUAAUAGAAGAAAAGUUCUUGGAAUGAGUGGAGGAGAAGAUUCCCAGGAAGAAGAAGUGACUGCAGAAUUUCUUGCUGGAAAAGUUCCUGAAAUUGUCUACAAAAAGGCAAUAGAGGCUGUGCCAGAUGAUAUAAAGUUCCGAAUAUCCUUUAUAGAAAUUUAUCGCCUCUUUGAAAACACGGAACAUGGCUGUGAUAUGAUAUAUGAAAGCUUAAUAAAACAUUUUCCUGAAUCUGAGGAGGUGUGGAAUUUGGUAGCACGUCGAGCCAUUGAUGAAGCAAAAGCUAAAGUAAAGAAAGGAACAGCUGUUAUUACAGAUAGCCAGUGGUCAGAGCUUCUGGUGGAAAUGAACAAGUUGUUUCACCAGGCAGUAGGACAAGUUCAAACUGAUAAAAUGUGGGAGUUAUAUAUUACUACCUGUAUGGAGCUACUUACUGAUUCUUCUCUCGAGCAAGCUAAAGAGCAACAAGAGCAAAAUGUUUUGUGCUUAUUUUCUGAGGCUGGAAAAGCUAAUUGUGUCAGUGAGGAUCUCUACAAAACAUGGGUUGACCUCCUGCUUCAAAGAGAUCAGUCAAAGAAAGCCUUAUUGGUUUGUAAAAAGGCAACUAAACAUUUUAAAACAUCAGCGAGUUUGUGGAGCAAGUACUUGAGACUUAAACUGCUGAACAAGGGCAAAAUAAAGGACAUUCAAAAUGAAUUUUCUACAGCUCUGCAGUGCGUAGAUUCCAAGGAUUCGUUAUUUCUUUGGAAUCUCUGGAUUGAGUGGUGUAUUGAAAAUAAUCCGGAUGAGGUGGAAUCUGUCUUUGAACUGUCAUUGCAAUCCUGUGCUGACGUACAGAUCGAAACGAAAUACAAAUAUGUCGAGUGGACCUCGAGCACCAAAGGGAUCAAGAAAGCGAGGAAACUCUACAAAAGACUGAUUCAAGAGCGACCUUAUACAAUGUCUUUCUUUCGAAAGUGUAUCGACCUUGAGUUAACACAGGUUGAGCCGAGUGCGAAGCGUAUUCGUGAUUUGUAUGAAGCAGCCGUAGAUCAGUUUGGUUCUUCUUCUCCUGAUUUGUGGGUGGAUUAUAUUCGCCUGGAACUCCUACACCCUGGUGGAAAGCCAGACAAUGUAGGUCAGCUGUACUGGCGAGCCACCAAGACACUCGACGGUAAAUUCACGGAGGAAUUUGUGGGACUGUACUCGUUGCUGCAGGCGGGGCGAGUUUAAAUCCAAAUCAAGAUGUUUCUUCAUACUUCUAACAUUGAGAAUUAUUUUAGGAUUGCAAUGAUGGAGUUAGUCUCUUUCCCUUGAGUAGCAUCGGGACUGAAGUGUUGAAGGCUUAGGCCUCUUAGGGAACAAAGGCGAUCGAUAUUUUGUGGGGAAAAAACCGGAAUUCUCUUCCAGAAAAAAAUAUGAUAGAAAACGUUUAUGUUUUUAAACAUAAUUAAAAAUUAAAUUAUGGAGUAAUUUUAUUUGUGUAGUUGUGAAGUCUUCAAUUAUAGCCAUCGCGGCUUUUCCAUUCAGACAUAGUUUGAUUUAUGAGGCGAAUUCCAGUUUUAUGACUGUUCGUGGUGCCAGGGCUUGCACCUGUUGUAAUGAAGUUAACCAAAAACAAUAAUUUUGUGUUAAACUUGAAUCAGAAAAAUAUGUAUUUUUUUCGUUAAGAUAGACAAACACAAACGAGGUAAUUAUAAACCAAGAGGGAACAAAAAAAGGAAAAGGUCGAGAUGACUAACAUGAAUUGCUAAUAACGAUCUCGAAAAAUUCAGACCAAGUGCCUAAUAGUGAAGAAUUCUCGACGGAACUCUCAUAACGAGUAACUGAAAUAGGAGUGGUAGUUUGAUCUUUUUAACUUUGUAUUAAAACUGGGAGUCAGCAGUAGACACUCCACGGGGUGGCUUUUCUUGUCCACUGUUUCCACGUCGAAUUGGAAUUUAGAAUGUUAGAAUGUUCUGUUUUUACGCAAUUUUCCCGUUUCUCGUUUAACCCGUAUCAAUCGUAUUGUUAUCGUCUUCCAUCAUCCUGGUUGCUCUCGUGUCUGAGUACGACAUCUGUUACUCGGCAUCUCCAAGUAAUUAACUAAUACAGUUAUCGAAGUAAUUAACCAGUAUUACCGAGAAAGGUUGAACGUCUAGGACUCUUCGCCGUCCUUACGCUAUUGAUGUUUCAUUUGUGGUAAAGAAGAUUCUUUUUAGCUGA